UAAAAGUUAAUACAUGAAUGGAAAUUGAAAAAGCAUGAGCCAACUCAUUCCUAAAUUGCUGCCGUAAAAAUCUCUCCAAUCGGGCUUGCGCGCUAAAAACGUGCGACCGUAAUAGGAAAUAGGAAGAAAGAUGGAGAAGUAGUCCACAUAAUCAAAGCGACAUCAUCAUUAUUCAAUCAGCACAAGCAACAAGCUUCACACGGGUGCAAACUCCCUCCCUCCCACCUGAAAACUUGCCGGAGAACAACUAUUGACUGCUUGUGUGUGUGUGUGUGUGUAAGAAAGAAAUGUCUAAUGGGUUGGCUAUGGUUGAGAACUGAGAGACUAAGAUGAGCGUGUAUGCAAGGGAAGUGGAAGAGGUAGAUCCCAUGCAACAAGGCCAUGGAUGAGGUUCCUGGCUCAGUGGGGACUAGCGCCAGCUUCUCUUUGAGAUUGGGGCAGACCAUCUUUUCCUCUGCCUCUCUUCUUUUCAUGUCUUUGGGUGUUGAGUUCUACAGCUACACUGCUUUCUGUUACUUGGUGACAAUCAUGGGUUUGGUUAUACCUUGGAGUUUCACUUUGGCCCUGGUAGAUGGAUACUCUGUUCUGGUAAAAUGCCCUAUUCGGCAGCCGGGAAUAGUGCUAAUCAUUGUUAUUGGAGAUUGGGUAUUGUCCAUUCUCACGCUUGGUGCAGCUUGCUCAACAGCUAGUGUUGUGGACCUUUUGCUCAACUCUAAUGGGUCAAAUUGCCCUCCGAAGCUUUGCAGCAGAUAUCAGAUAUCAGCUGUCAUGGCUAUCUUGUCAUGGUUUCUGUCCUUGGCUUCAUGUCUCUUCAAUCUUUGGUUACUUCCCUCCUUGUGAUUCUUAUUUGGAUUUUGGCUAUAUCCUAUUUUACAUAGUUUUGUGGCCAGGAUCUGAAUCUUGUACAUUAGUUCGUGUGUUCAAAUUUGAGUAGAUGAAGGCGCUUUCAGUCACACAAAUACAAAAUUGUAAAAUGUUGUUUGUUGUAAAAAUAUAAUUUAAAUGAUUAAGUCUACUCUUUUUCCUUCC